GGGAUGGACCUGGAAGCCUCGCUGCUGCCCACCGGCCCCAACGCCAGCAACACCUCGGAUGGCCCGGAUAACCUCACCACGGCCGGGUUGCCGCCUCGCACAGGGAGCGUCUCUUACAUCAACAUCAUCAUGCCUUCGGUGUUCGGUACUAUCUGCCUCCUGGGCAUCAUUGGGAACUCCGUGGUCAUCUUCGCGGUGGUGAAGAAAUCCAAGCUGCACUGGUUCAGCAACGUGCCCGACAUCUUCAUCAUCAACCUCUCGGUGGUGGACCUCCUCUUUCUCCUGGGCAUGCCCUUCAUGAUCCACCAGCUCAUGGGCAAUGGUGUCUGGCACUUUGGAGAGACCAUGUGCACCCUCAUCACGGCCAUGGACGCCAACAGUCAGUUCACCAGCACCUACAUCCUGACCGCCAUGGCCAUUGACCGCUACCUGGCCACCGUCCACCCCAUCUCCUCCACCAAGUUCCGGAAGCCCUCUGUGGCCACCCUGGUGAUCUGCCUCCUGUGGGCCCUGUCCUUCAUCAGCAUCACCCCCGUGUGGCUCUACGCCAGGCUUAUCCCCUUCCCAGGAGGCACCGUGGGCUGUGGCAUCCGCCUGCCCAACCCAGACACUGACCUCUACUGGUUCACCCUGUACCAGUUUUUCCUGGCCUUUGCCCUGCCCUUCGUGGUCAUCACGGCCGCGUAUGUGAGGAUCCUGCAGCGCAUGACAUCCUCCGUGGCCCCCGCCUCUCAACGCAGCAUCCGGCUGCGGACAAAGAGGGUGACCCGCACGGCCAUCGCUAUCUGCCUGGUUUUCUUUGUGUGCUGGGCGCCCUACUACGUGCUUCAGCUGACCCAGCUGUCCAUCAGCCGCCCGACGCUCACCUUUGUCUACCUGUACAACGCGGCCAUCAGCUUGGGCUAUGCCAACAGCUGCCUCAACCCCUUUGUGUACAUCGUGCUCUGUGAGACGUUCCGAAAACGCUUGGUCCUAUCGGUGAAGCCUGCGGCCCAGGGGCAGCUUCGAGCCAUCAGCAAUGCCCAGACGGCUGAUGAAGAGAGGACAGAAAGCAAGGGCACCUGA